AUGAAACCGCCUUCUCAAUCGGUUAAGACAAAGGAUUCUCCGAAGAAGGUGAAGCCUACACCAAAUGACAACUCGACUACACUGGCUCCUUGUUAUUGUGAACACGUCUAUAAACUUUUUCCCGACUCACCGACUCCUAAAUCUCAAAAAUCUCAAAAAAGUUCAAACAAAAUAGCUCGCAUAAGCAAACCGCCUCUGACACCUAUUCCACCGAAAAUUGAAUUCAUCGAAGAGAUGCUUAUUCUACCAAAAAUUCCAUUCAUCAAACAAAUGUCGGUUUUUAUGCACAAAUACAUCGAGCGGAUCGUCAAUGUUACGGAAGACAGGAAUUGCGGUUACAGGGCCAUCUCGGCGUUGAUUGGUAAUGGAGAGGAUAGUCAUACGCUUGUAUCUCAUCAAUUUAUCCAAGAGUUGAAGACGCAUAAAGACUCGUACACGCGGUUAUAUGGAGAGGAAGUUAAAUCUGAAAAGGUGCACGAAGCUAUUGUUCCUUUGUUGGACGCUUACGCACCAGUGUCAAAAUGGAUGAGAUUCCCGGAAAUGGAACAUUUUAUUGCAUGCAUAUAUGAUAGGGUGUGCAUUGACUUGACGCGAUACGGGUUUUUCCGCUCCACACUGUACCACCUAUAA